AUGGACGGCAUGCCCAUCUGUUCUCCAGUUGGAGUGGAAGCUUCAUACGAUGCAUUCAGAGUAAUAUAUAUUGUUGUUGUUGUUGCAGGUUACCUUAAAUGCGAUACAGACGAUGGCUGCGAGAACAAAGAAGAGGUCGGGGGAGAAGAGCUCUUUGACACCGUGAAUUCCUCCAUCGUAUCCGGAGACAGCAUCAGGUUCUUUGUGAAUGUCAACUUGGACGUACCGCAGAAUGUUACAGCAGAAAGCGAAAGCACUGGCUGCGUUUUAUUACACACAUCGAGAAAAUACCUAAAAUUAAAGAAUUUUGAGGAGGAAGUCCGAGCGCACCGGGACCUGGACGGGUUCCUGGCCAGAGCCAGUAUCAUCCUGGACGAGACGGCAACCUCUCUGGACGAUGUCCUCCGGGAGAUGUUGAAACACUUUGCCGAAGACUCGGACAACGCAGAGCCCAGCUGCAACUUCGACAAAAUCAUGAGCACUUUAUUCACCGAUUCAGGAACCCCUCGAGAAGGGAAUGUUCACCUCUUGUCAGAUACGAUUCAGGGCGUCACAGCAACAGUCACUGGGGUGCAAUAUCAGCAGUCCUGGCUUUGUAUCAUUUGCACUAUAAAGUCCCUUCAGCGGCGCCACGUUUGCAUCAGUCGCCUGGAAAGGCCCCAGAACUGGGGAGAGAACUCCUGCGAAGUCCGGUUCGUCAUCCUGGUCCUUGCGCCUCCCAAAAUGAAAAGCACCAAAACGGCCACCGAAGUGGGCCGAACGUUUGCUACAAUGUUCUCGGACAUCACUUUCCGGCAAAAGCUUCUGGAAACCAAGACGGAGGAAGAGUUCAAGGAGGCCUUGGUCCACCAGCGUCACCUGCUAACCGUCGUGAACCAAAGACCCUCGGCUGUGGCGGAUGGACACAAGGCCCACGGCCACAAACCCCUCAAGCUCAACGAGUUCUUCAACGUCGGCAAAGGGAUUUUUGAUGACAUUGCGCGACGGUUCCCAGUGUAUGCUCUCGACUUCACCGAUGGCAUUAUUGGCAACAACAAAGCCAUAGGGAAGUAUAUCACCACCAUGAUCUUUCUUUAUUUCGCCUGCCUCCUGCCCUCCAUCGCUUUCGGCUCCCUCAAUGACGAAAACACAGAAGGAGUCAUCGAUGUGCAGAAAACCAUCGUUGGCCAAUGCAUCGGCGGGCUUCUUUAUGCUCUGUUUUCAGGCCAGCCGCUUGUAGUGCUCCUAACGACAGCACCUUUAGCCCUGUACAUCAAUGUCAUCAAGGGCAUCUGCGAUGAUUACAACUUGCAGUUCAGCGCUUUCUACGCCUGGGUGGGGCUCUGGAACAGCUUCUUCCUCGUGGUCUACUCCCUCUUCAACUUCAGUCUUGUCAUGAAGCUCUUCAAAAGGUCGACAGAAGAAGUCAUUGCACUUUUUAUCUCCAUCACCUUUGUGCUCGAUGCCCUUAAAGGGAUAACCAAAGUUUUUACCCAUUACUACCACGUCCCCAGACCGCACAGCGCCCCAGUUGGCAAUGGCUCCAGCGCAUGGAACCUGUCGGUGGAGCGGUCAUCGUUGGGGAACCAGACGGACGGGUCUUCUGCCCCGGUGCCCUACGGGCGCGAGACAGCCGUCCUGAGCCUCAUGCUGAUGCUGGGCACCCUUUGGCUCGGCCACACCUUGUACCAGUUCAAGAAAAGCCCUUAUUUGCACGCCAGAGUCCGCGAGAUCCUGUCCGAUUGUGCCUUACCCAUUUCUGUCCUCACCUUCUCCAUUAUUGGGUCCUAUUUCUUCAAAGAAAUAAAAAUGUCGAAAUUUAACUACAACAAAUCGGAGAGCUUGUUCGAGUUGGCGCCCCUCCGGGACCUCUCCAUCGGCUCCGUCCUGAGCGCCAUGGGCCUCGGGUUCCUCCUUUCCAUGCUUUUUUUCAUAGAGCAGAAUAUUGUGGCAUCGCUCACAAAUGCCCCAGAGAACAGGUUAGUGAAGGGCACCGCUUACCAUUGGGACCUGCUCCUCGUGGCGCUCAUCAACACGGGGCUGUCGGUCUUCGGGCUGCCCUGGAUCCACGCCGCCUUCCCGCAUUCCCCGAUGCACGUCCGCGCUUUGGCCUACGUGGAGGAGAGGGUCGAAAACGGGCACAUCUACGAGACAAUCGUGAGCGUGAAGGAGACCCGGCUGACGACGUUGGUGGCCAACUUCUUGGUGGGCCUUUCGCUGCUGCUCCUGCCUUUCCCGUUGCAGCUGAUCCCGAAGCCGGUCCUCUAUGGGCUCUUCUUGUACAUCGCCCUGACCUCCAUCGAUGGGAACCAGCUCUUUGAAAGGGUGGCCCUUCUGCUGAAAGAGCAGACGGCCUACCCUCCGACCCACUACAUCCGCCGGGUGCCGCAGAGGAAGAUCCACUACUUCACCGGCCUGCAGGUGCUCCAGCUCCUCAUCCUUUGCGGCUUUGGGAUGUCUCCUCUUCCCUACAUGAAGAUGAUCUUCCCCCUCAUCAUGAUCGGGAUGAUCCCCAUCAGGUAUAACUUGCUGCCCCGGAUCAUCGAAGCGAAAUACUUAGAUGCGAUGGACGCGGAGCACUAAAA